AUGGCUACCUCCCUUCACAAGUCUAUCUCUAGCGCAGUCUCUUUGAAGCUGCGGGCACCAUCUCAGACUAGCAGUGCUAUUGCUGUCAAAAAUGGAAUCGCUAGCCACCAUCCCAUCGACACCAUUAGAUCGGAAAUCGGAAAUCGCCAACAACCUCAAGCCAGCUCUUCUAGAAAGGAAAAGGAUGAUUUGGUCGCUGUCAAGCGGUGGUUGGUGGAGCGACCUGUUGAAGAGGCCUGGAAUCACAUUGCGAGAACUCAGCAAGACCUGGUUGCCUUGCGUGUCAAAGUGGGACAAGUCAAGCUGUGA